GCUUGACGCUUGCUUGCUUGGACGGGAUGGGAGUAGCAGCACUUCUACAUGUUAUAAUCACACAUAUUAAUGCAGUAGUGGUGUUGUAAUAAUAAUGCAAGUGUUGGAGUUGUUUAGCUCUUAGUGUUGCUUAGCGUUGGUAAACUUGUUUUAGUUUGCUUUGUUGGAGGUCAAAAAUUUAAUGCCUUAAUGCAUUGGUUUUGCUAGGAUACUUAUGUGUUAGUGUGCGGUUUUAUUUAAGCACCCUAUAUCUAUGUUGUUGCUUCCGCUUUAUCUCGAGUUUAGAGGAGGUGCUGCCGAAAUUUUAUAAUUUUGGCAAGUCAAGUAGAGUAGUUUGUAGUAACAUUCCAGGCUUUCGCGGUGUCUGGGGUGUUACAGUUGGUAUCAGAGCCUAGGCUUUAGAUUCUAGGCGAAAUAAGGCUUAAUUUGACACACUUGCACAUGUAAGAUGGGUAGAAGGGUUGUUUAUUUUAUGCUUACUCUGCUAUGCUUGUUCUAUCUUGUGUUUAUGUUCUACUUGAAGUUGAUGUAUGCGUGUGGUUUGUUUGUUGUGUGGCUGCAGCUAUGCCACCUAAGAGGCGGAGUCAGGCUCAGGCCACAGCGAAUGAUUGUAAUGCACAACUGCUAGCGGCGAUGCAGGCGAUGCAGAAUGAGCUGAGGACGUUGAGAGAGGCUAGGAAUCAGGAUGCUCCUAUUCUGGAGCAGGGUGCUAUUGCUGCUGAUGGCCCUCCUAGUGGUGUUUCUUUAAUCCAGUGGAUUGGGAUGAAGUUGGAUCAUUUUGAUGGCAGUGGCACUCCAGUUCAGGCCGCUGAUUGGUUGUCCUACGUGGAGGACAAGAUGGAGGUCUUCGAUGUGCUGGCUCAGGACCGUAUUCGCUAUGGCACUCAGUUGCUAAAGGGUGAGGCCCAGAUCUGGUGGAAGGGAGUGCAGUCAGCUCACACGGCUGCACAUGGACCGUUGACUUGGCCUGAUUUUGUCAGGCAGCUCGAGAGGAGGUUCUACCCAGUGACCUUUCUGGACAAGAUGAAGAUAGACCUGCAUAGCUAUGUGCAGGGUAGGAGGACAGUGUCUGAGUAUGAGGUGGGCUUCAACCAGAUUGUUCGUUUUGUUCCGCAUGUGGCUCAUGAUGAGGCAGAGAAGGCGAGGCAGUUCCGCCAGGGCCUCAAGCCUUCAAUCCGUCACACUUUGGGUGCUUUUCCGGUGGUGGACUUCCGCACCAUGGUCGAGCAGGCCUUGGGUGUGGAGAUGCAGGAGGUGUACACUGAGGAAGCGCGCAAAUCUGGUGGAGAUCAAAUACAGGGUCAGAUUGAUAGGAAGGGCCAUUCUGGUGGUCCUAUUCAUAAGAAAAGGAAGUUCCAGCGUCACCAGCCUUACCGUGGCAGUUUGGGACGUUCUCGCACUUCAGGGGGGAGUACUACACAGUACCGUGCCAUCCCUAAGCCCGGCAUGGGGAUGGUUUGUUUCCGUUGUGGAGAUGCUCACCGUAGGAGUGAGUGCCGGUGGUCUGGCAAGUGCUCUAUCUGUGGUCAGGACCACAAGGACGUGGUUUGCAGGAGGAAUGCCAACGGCAAGCUUCGAUGGGAGCCAGUGACUUCUUCGAAUUCUGGUGGCACUGUUCAGAUGAUGGCCGUUACUCCUUCUUUGGUGCCUCUGCCCACACCCACACCGCAGUAGUACUUGCCUGCGCCGUUCCCUCAGCAGUACCUAAUGAUGCCACCUGCUACACCGAUGGCUUCUUCGACGCCUCAGCUUGGGGCAUUUCGACUGCCCCAGACUGCUACUUCUUCAGCAUCGCCUACACCGUGGGGUUCUACUCCAUUUGGCCAUGCUGCCGGAGCUUCUUCUUCUGGUGCUCCCGGGGCAUAUGCUAUGCCCUCUUCGGACGGUAGAGAGCGCGGAGAUGUGGUGACAGGUGGUGGUGCUCCUGAUUGUGUUUGAAGGUUGUCGGUUGUAUCGAAAAAAG